AUGGGAUUUCCCACCUUCAUCGCGGGUCCGGCUUCUGGGCAUGCGCGGCAGCCUUCAGUCCCUGGCGGUGCGGGAAGGGAGCGGGGGUGCCGUGGGAUUGGCUGCCUGCUGAUCGCGGGCCCGGCUUCUGGGCAUGCGCGGCAGCCUUCAGUCCCUGGCGGUGCGGGAAGGGCGCGGGGGUGCCGUGGGAUUGGCUGCCUGCUGAUCGCGGGCCCGGCUUCUGGGCAUGCGCGGCAGCCUUCAGUCCCUGGCGGUGCGGGAAGGGCGCGGGGGUGCCGUGGGAUUGGCUGCCUGCUGAUCGCGGGGCGGCGAAGCGGGAUCCGAGGCUUCGAGCUGGGCAAGGGCCCUGGUCUUCCGCCAUCCCAGACAAGCUUGCUCGGUGUCGGCUGGAGAGAGGGGAGGAAGAUCAUGUCGACGUCCAGUCACAAGGGAAAGCCACGUUUUGAUGUGUCAUUAGCGCGUCUAACUCGGCAAUUUAUGGAACUUGUCAGUAAGGCUCCUGAUGGGGUUCUUGACAUCAAUGAUGUGGCAUGGAUGCUUGGAGUGCGAAAAAGGAGGGUUUACGAUAUCACCAAUGUACUGGAUGGCAUUCAUCUAGUGAGAAAAAAAUCCAAAAACCUGAUAGAAUGGAUAGGCAAAAAUCCACAAGAAAGAUUAGCAUAUGAAGCCCAGUCUCGAAAACUGAGAAAAGAACUGGCAGACCUAACAACGGUAGAGAAUUCUUUAGAUGAAUUAAUCAAGGACUGUGCUCAACAGUUAUAUAGUUUAACAGAAGACAAAGAAAAUGCAAGACUAGCAUAUGUAACUUACAAGGACAUCCAUGGUCUUCAAGCCUUCAAGGAACAGAUUGUAAUUGCAAUCAAAGCUCCCCAAGAAACGAAGCUCGAAGUACCUAUUCCCAAUGAGGAGAAAAUCCAAGUUUAUGUAAAGAGUACUGAAGGACCAAUUGAUGUAUUUGUGUGUGAGAUGCAGGAAGAAUAUUGUCCUCCUAAAACGUGUGAAGAUGACGUAUCCAAUGGGAAUAAAACAGUCUCCUCAACAGAUGAGGCAGUGACGUUACCACCUGAUAGAGAGGAAAACCUUACAGAAUGAAGUGUAUAAUAUUAGUACUGAAGACUAGAAAACUUCAAUGCAUUGUGGAUUUUCCGUUGUUGAACACUGAUCCAAAUGCCUAUAGAGGAGCUGGAAGAAAUGGUGUCCUGUGAGGCCAUGCAAUCUGCAUGUCUUGACAAAUUAUGUACAACCAGUUGCAAUCCAGUCUUAAUGUAUGUUACCAAGAAAUACCAAAUGGCUUUGCACAGAAAGUAUCAUCAGCUGUCAUUUGGCAGUGAUUUGGUACAUCAGUUGAGGAGAGGUUUUGGAAAAGUGUGAUUUGCCAACUGGCUAAAAUAAGCUUUUGUAAAUAUUUUACUGGUUGAAAAUGCUCCAUGAAAAUGUCAAUAAACUUACAAAAUAUUACCAAUGAAUGUAUUUAAGAUUGUUUUAUGUGCUGUAAUAUCUUCAGGGUGAACACAUAAUGAGUCAAAAACAUUUUUUUUCACCAUGGUGUACAGAAUUUGUUAUCUAGUUUUAUCUAUUAAUCACAGACUGUUACACGGGGUAAAAUUUGUCGCAUUUGUUCAAGAAUUAAAGGCAAAAUGCUGAAAGAACACAAGUCAAGCAGCAUCUGUGGACCUGGAAAGGUUGUAAGAAGACAUUUUGCAUCAGGUUGACACCCUGCAUCAGCCGUCAGCUAGUUUCAUCCCUAAAUGGGAACUUACAAUUUUUGUCACACAGAUGCUGCUUGACUUGCUCUGUUCUUCCAGUGUUCAUCCUGUUCCAGAUUCUAGCAUCUGCAACACUUCUGCCUUCAUUUCAGCAUUGGAUUGUCUUGGAUCCUAAAUUAAUUAACACUUCUGCAGAGAGGAUAAAGCUGUGUGUUUAUACCCCUCCCCCCCCACACUGACAGACCAGUGAGAACUACUUCAUAUGAAUGUUGUUGGACACUAUUACAGUUUUUAAGUUUUUAUUAAAAAAUACUAAAAGACCUCAUAGGAGGUAGAAGUUUUAAAAGUCAUUAGAACAACUUCAUGUUUAUCUUUUUAAAAAUAAAUUUUGUUUAUGGCUUUCUCAAAUAGAUUUAUCUUGCAUUUGUCCAACACUGCCAGUGUUACUAAAUAAAUUAUCCUUGGCAGGUUACGUGAUAAUUACAUUAAACCAUCAUAUACCUGCAUAGUUUUUAUGCAAGCACUAAGGAUAAAUGUUAAUGCAUUGUGUAAUUCUUAUCGGCUACAGUCAUUUCCAGGCCAUGUUCUGGGACCAUGGUGUGCUUUUACAUCGAGUAGUGAAAUGAUGGUCUUUCUUUUAACUACCGUACCACAACCUGUAUCAGUGUAGUAUAAUUUGAUCAGACUAUAUGGCUGUCUGUAUGUUUUGUCUCCCCUCUAAAAUCUUGAACUUUGUAGGUUUAAACUGUAUUUAGUUACACAAAGGUGAUGAGAUCUGGUUAUCUCUAAUGUGCGUGUUUAUGGUUUAUUUUCAUUGUACACGAGAUUGGAAGAAUCUUCAUAUGCUUUUGAUUUUUACCCACAGAGCAAACAGAAUUUUGUAUGAUUAUGAAAAAUAAUUUCCAUUUUCUCUGUACUUUAAUUUAUUAAUACUUCUUCACUAGUGAAGAUAUGGGUUCCUCAAUUGCUAAUUGAGAAUUGUGGUUAGCUUCCUGAUGAAAUGAAUUGUAAAAGAAUAAAUAUAGUUCUGUUUCAGCAGUCUUUACAUUGUAACACAACUGUGACUUGAAACAAUUGCUUUUUUAUAAAUAGUGUUGUAAAUUGUAAUAAAUAGUGUUGUGCUUAUAAAUGACAGAAUUGCUGCUUAGAUUACAAAAAGUGAAAUUACAAUGAUCUACAGAAAGCCACAGAUAGUUUUUGCCCAAUGUUUUACACCUCAUUAAAUUGUAAGUAGUAACAAAUUAACUUACCUAGAUGAGCUCAUUUUGGGAUUUGAAGAUGUUACCCAUCUGUCAGCUGAAGCAAUUUUAAUUUGAUGUCUUUGGAAGUCCACUUUCCUGUGCCACGUUGAAUGAUUAGUGUAUUUUUAAAAUUUCCCCACUGUAAUAAAAUCAUGA